CCCUUGAGGUAAAGGAAGGUUCUUUUGCAUGUUAGCGUGGCGGGUGACCCAAAUUGUCUCAAGAUCGUCACGUAUAGUCUUCUUGAGAGGGAACAAACAUCAUUUCGUUUUGAAGCGUUUUCUCACCACGACACCGUUCAUUAUGUCGUCAGAAAAUGGAAUCGGGGGUUCGCCUGCCGAAGAGAAGGUCACAUUGGGACCCGAUGGCCAGCCUUUGUCGAAGAAAGCCUUGAAAAAGAUGGAGAAGGAGAAAGAAAAAGAGAAGAAGAAGGCGGAAAGAGAAGCCAAACAGGCUGCUGAGGCAGAGGCUAAAGAUGCUGAGGACUAUGCAAAGGAUCGCUAUGCUGUCCUUCCAAUGGCCCAAUCUCGAGAGAAAACAUCCAAAGUCUGGACUAAAGUGAAAGAUCUGACCUCUGAGGCUGUUGGUAAAAGAGUUUUAGUAAGGGCACGCCUUCACACCACAAGAGGAACAGGUAAGCAGUGCUUCAUGAUUUUACGUGACCGCCAGUACACUGUGCAAGGAAUCUGUGCUGUGAAUGAUGUCAUCAGUAAAGGAAUGGUUAAGUUUGCGACAGGGAUAAACAAAGAGUCUAUUGUUGAUGUUGAAGGAGAAGUGAAAUCUGCUGCUCAGAAAGUUCAGAGCUGCUCUCAAGAAGAUGUGGAGAUCUUUGUUGAUAAGAUUUUUGUUGUAAGUUUGGCUGAGCCAAGACUACCCCUGCAGAUCGACGAUGCCUCACGCCCUGAAACUGAUGAGGAACAAGCUCAUGUGAAUCAAGACACCAAGCUGGAUAACAGAAUUAUUGACCUCAGGACUGUUCCAAACCAAGCCAUUUUCAGUAUUCAAGCUGGUGUGUGCCAUUUAUUUAGAGAGUUCCUCGUGUCUCAAGGAUUUCAUGAAAUUCAUACUCCUAAGAUAAUUUCAGCUGCGAGCGAGGGAGGUGCAAAUGUGUUUGAGGUUACUUAUUUCAAAGGAAAGGCAUAUCUGGCCCAGUCCCCUCAGCUUUACAAGCAGAUGGUACUUUGUGCUGACUUCGAUAGAGUAUUCACCAUUGGAUCAGUUUUCCGUGCUGAGGACAGCAAUACACACAGGCACCUGACAGAAUUUAUUGGUCUUGAUAUUGAGAUGACUUUUAUGGAGCAUUAUCAUGAGGUGAUUGACAUGAUUGGUCGCACCUUUGUCCAUAUCUUCAAAGGAUUGCGUGACAGAUAUGCUGAAGAUAUUGCAAAAGUACAGAAACAAUACCCAAGUGAACCUUUUAAAUUUCUGGAACCAAGUUUGGUGUUGAACUAUUGUGAAGGAGUUGACAUGCUGAGGGAAGCUGGAAUAGACAUGAAUUAUGAUGAAGAUCUGAGCACUCCAAAUGAGAAAUUGUUGGGAAAACUUGUCAAGCAGAAAUAUGACACAGACUUCUUCAUUUUGGACAAGUAUCCACUGUGUGUCCGUCCAUUCUACACUAUGCCAGACCCACACAAUCCUGAAUGGAGUAAUUCAUACGACAUGUUCAUGCGCGGAGAGGAGGUUCUUAGUGGAGCACAGCGAAUACACGACUCCGACCUGUUGGCAGAGAGAGCCAAGCUUCAUGAAAUAGAUUUGGAGAAGAUCAAGGCCUACAUUGACUCAUUUCGUUAUGGUGCACCACCUCACGGCGGUGGAGGAAUAGGCCUUGAGCGAGUAGUCAUGCUGUACCUGGAUAUUCAUAAUGUCCGAAAGAGUUCCAUGUUCCCACGUGACCCAAAGCGUGUCACUCCAUGAGAGGAAGAGCUAAACCAUAUGAAGAAAGCCAAUCAAAUUUCCGUGUCACUGAUGCUACUUAAUGAGAACGCAACCUUAAAGAAAAUUCUAUUUUACCUCAUGAUAAUUCUAUUUUACUUUAAUGAUAAUUCUAUUUUCACGAAAUGUAAUACACAAGAAAUGCUGCUGAAUCUAAGCUAUUAGGAAAUGAUUGGUUUAACUAGGAAUUUCAUUUUGAUAACUUGACUCUGAAGUUUUUAACAUGCGAUCAGGCGUGAUUGCAGGUUAUGGAAUACAUCACUUUUCAAUGCUUGUUUGUCUUUGUUUCCAUAAAUUUGCUGGUAGUUUGUCCAGACUUUGUUAAUCGAAGUCCAUCUGCUUAAUUUUUUUUGUAUGUGUACAUCUGAAGAGGUAUUCAGUACGCGCCGAGCGAAUUUUUCCAACCUUAUCUAAGAAAAAAGAGGGGUUUUUGUUCUCCGGGUGCAUCGCAGGAUUUGUUGUUACGACAAUCACCGGUAUAGUUGUGUCCAAACAAGUCGGCCAGCGAUCUCUUUCUCGAACUGUACUGAGAAUGUAUUUUCUCAAACAUGAAGAAACUGUACCCCUAAACGAUGGGAAAUUGAGCUCAGUUGCCCAAGUGGCGUCCGGGCAUCUUCUAACUUUGUUUCUAUGCGGGGAUUUUGCUUUUGUACCCAGAUCUUCAAUCCAAAAUGGCACAAAUUCUCUUACUUAUAGGGUCAUGAGAAUAAAGAAAAUGGUCACCAGGGAAGGAACCUUUUGAUUGGCAAACAAAUUCUCCCUGUCAACACCUCAGGAAAUGUAUAAAGAACAGUGUGGAGAAUAUGCAUACUGAUGUUAGACUGUAAAGGGUUAAGUAAAUACGGGCGAUGGAAGAUCACCUUCCAUCAUCUCGUGAGUAUCAUGGACGGAAGUGGGGUUAUUUUGGGAUAUGCCUGACCACCAAAGGAUGUCUCACCUGAUACGGUGGGAAUGACUUCCAUGUACUCAUCAACAGGUUUCAUUACAGCUAUUGAAGGGCAUUAUGCAGGGCGUGUCGUGAGUUUACUUAACCCCACCUCGAAGAAAAAAACGCAGCUUAGAAGCGGUUGACACUUGUACGAUAAUUUAAUCUUCGCCGGUCUUGUAAUCGACUAAGGUCAACUGUAACGACGUUUUUUUUUUUAAAUAUUCUCGUAGGCAUCUCUAAAUGGUGACAGGUAAAAAUACUGAUGUGGCAUAAUUACUGAAGAGAAAUGUUAGCUGAUGACUGGCAAACUUCAGCUAGAUGACGAGCAAGCCUUAGCCAUCCCAUGUUUCUCCAUGAGGAUACGAUAUAAUCCGAUGCUAUCUGAUCGGAUAUCAAAACACAGUCACUAUACAACGAUAAGCUUUGUCAGAUUGGGUCAUUCUUUCAUGUCAUUCAACACUGGAAAGGUUUCUUCUUCCAUCUGUUAACCUGUGCCAAAAAGAGGGUAUUUUUCUCACGUUGUCGCAUUAUCACGAAAGCACUUUGGCUACGUUCUGUAAAGCUCUUGCCAAGUAAUUCUAUGGGGAUAAAUCUUAAUUGAGAAGGACGUGUAAAGACGCUUGCUGUGUAAGAAAUCUGAGAUUACUUUUUGACCUAGCUUCCGGAUUUUUCGGAUCAUUUUCGUGGGUUUUCUCCAAAAAACAUACGACACUCUAAGUUUGGGGUCACAUAUCAUGCCAGACAGAAUUGCAAGGGUGGUAGAGUGAGGAUGUUCGGGAAACUGCAAUGAAUUAUUGCGCUGUUUACUUACAUAACAAGGAGUGAAUUUCGAUUACUUGCCAAAAUAUUUUCGGAAGUUGUUGCUUCAUUGCACAGACGGAUGUACGAGUUGCCCGGCCUUCUAUCACUGUUGAAGCAAUGACCAUAGAAUUGGUGUAUUUGAGAAGGAAUGUCGCUGUUUUGAUUAUCCUUACAGCCGCUGUAAUAUUCGCGGUAACAGCUGAAGGAAACGAAGGAGAUUUGUUUAGAUCAGCACAAAGAGGAGCAACCCAUUGUGAGGUGGCCAUAAAGAAAUGCACAGCAAUGUACACAAAGAACUUAAAAGAUAUCACUUCUGAUGAACAUGUGUGUCUAAUGUUGGCAGCUUAUAAACUUUGUCUUGUGACAGACGCAGCUUCAUGUACAAUGGACACUACAUACCACACCCUUACUACUGUAGUUUCCCAGUUGUUCCAUGGUUUGUGUGUGGACAGCAGUGCGAACUAGAAGCAUCAUGAACAGUCUUCAUCAAUGGGAAAACUUUGAUGUGUAAAAAGUUAAAACACAACAAUUAUUGCAAACCAGCGGGAGUAACAAGUACAAGAACAGCACAAGAUCGUUUCAUGACUCAUGGGAUUUGCUGCAGAUGUAACAGGCUCUCUAAUUCUUUUGCAAGAAAUGGGAUAGCUCUCCUUCCCUGAAUGUCCAUCAACUCUCAAGAAACUUUCUACCAAUACUUCAAUGACGUGCUACAGAUAGUUUCAAAAAAUUUAUAUGGGUUCAAUCAAUUUCCACUACCCAUGUAUUAAGGGAGGGGGAUAAGGAAUGGAGUGGGGGGGGGGGGAAGGAACAUAGGGGAGGAGGAAGCAGGGUUGACUAUUCUGAGUAACAGCUGGUAGUCAGGUUGACUGCAGUAAGAUGCCAUGACAGGACUCAUUGACAUGUAACACCCACCUAGCAUCAUUAAAAGAAGUUAUUAAAGAAUAAAUAAAGGAGAUAAGUUUGUAGAGAAACUGUAAUGCUGGGUCAGUGGGAGUAUAAAAGGAUGGUUUGGUUCCAUCAGCUUAGUUGAUGAUGUAAAUUGGCCAUCGCAAGCAGCUGCCAAGCUGAUGUUUUGAGUGUUAACUCUUUGUCAUUCCCAUUCAAGGAAUAAUCCAGCAUAAAUUCACAACUAGAGAAUUUUUUUUUAUUCUGUAGAGGGCUUUGUUUUGAAAACCUACAUACUAAGGGAAAUAUCUGUUAAAAGAUGUGACUGCCAGAACUAGUAUGAAACUACCACCAACAUCUAAUGAUUCUAACCUCAUCAAGAUUUAAAUAAGAUGUUCCUGAAUGAUCAGUAGCAAAUAAUUUCAGCUGAUUUUGUUAAACAUGGCAAAAACUACAGCAGUUGUCAAACAAGAUGCUCCUGCAUAAGGAACACUUGAGUCUAAUGAUAACUUCCAACUUCCACAGUCCUUCAUGUUUUGGCUCCUUAACACUUCAAAGCAAGGGAAACUUAAAAAAAAACACUAGCAGUGAGACAGCUUGUCUAUUACCAAUAUCAA